CGUCGCAAAGUUCUGCUGCGGAAGAGGGAUGCGAAGGAGAUGGCUGAACUUAGAUAGCCUUGUGUUUGGGAAUAUCUUCACCAUGGACCUUCUCCUGAGGAAAGACGGGAGCAGAGGACGACUGUUUGUCCUUGCACUAGUGUUUGGGUGGUGUUUCGGGUCUGUGAGCUGUUUCGGGCAGAGCCUCGACAGCGAGUUCACAUUUAUGCUACCAGCCGGAAGAUCCGAGUGUUUCUUUCAGACAGCAGUAAAGAAUGGUACGAUGGAGGUCGAAUAUCAGGUGAUUGCUGGGGCCGGUAUGGAUGUAGACUUCACCAUCCUCUCUCCAGAAGGCAUCCUGCUUAUCAUGGAGUCUCGGCGCUCAGACGGAGUACACGUGUUGGAGCCUACGCAUGAGGGAGACUAUCAAAUGUGCUUUGACAACAGCUUCAGUCGCUUCUCAGAGAAGAUCGUGUUCUUUGAGAUCAUCAUCGACGGUCAAGGAGGAGAUGUGGGUGGAGAUGAGGAGUGGGCAGGAUUAGAGGAGCCCGAUGGAAGCCUUCUGGAGUACAAGCUGGAGGACAUCCGGGAGUCCAUGGACUCUCUGCACAGGCGCUUGGAACGCAGCCGGCAGAUGCAGACGGUGUUGCGUGCUUUUGAGGCACGGGACCGAAACCUCCUGGAAGACAACCUGUGGAGGGUCUCAUUCUGGUCCUGUGCCAGUGUGCUGGUGAUGCUGUGUGUGGCCCUUACCCAGGUCUACACAGUCCGUAAACUGUUUGACGAUAAGCGGAGGGUCUGCACAUAGAGGGUUUAUUUUGCAGUGAUAAAAGUCUGGGAAGGAGAACAACGUGACACAAGAUGUUACCCAUUCAGAUUAUGCUCCAUUGUUUUUCAUUUUGUAUACAUGAACACCAGCAUUCAACAUCAAUUUUAGUUGUUGUUUUUUGAUAGGUUUGUGAGCAAUAAUUAAUCAUUAAAACAUCAAGGGUAACCAGAUGAGGAAGACGUAGAGGAAGUUGGGGUUUCAUUUCAUUUAGUGCCUUUUAUGUCAAAUCUUACCACAAACCGAUGAGGAAAUCCAUUUUCAAAGGGACUGCCUACAUAGACAGAGCAGGAAAUGUUGUAGUAUAUUGCCGUCCUACACUUCUGAAACAAGUGAGAGGUUUUGGGGAUUUUUUUGUUAAAGGUAAAAUGAUUCUUAUCAAAGGUUAAAGGUUGAUUAUAUGACACAGCUCAAAAACAGAACUACUGGUUUGCCUUACAAGGGAUAACAAUGUGCAAUAGUGCUGUUGGCGUAUUUGUUCUACCUGAAAGUUUAGGAUAUUUCCCUGGCAUUAGUGAUUUGUCCAUGUGACUGGGUAUUUUCCUUGGUUACGGCCUUGUUGAUGGUUAGCUUUUUUUUUGAGAUGUUACUGAUUUCUUUUCACAUGCCAGUUCAAGCCCAUGCUGACCUGUCGACAAAUAAGAAUGUAGAAUAAGAUGGGAUGAUUUACAGUGCGAUUGCCAAUAAUGUAAAUGUGUCAGUACUCAGACAAAUAUUUAGUGUGUACGUUCAGAUAUAUAUUGGGAUAAUUCAGUGAACACACUGAUUGUUAGAUGUGUGUUUGUAUGUUUCUGGCUUCUAUUCUGAUUUCUAGAUGAUCAAAUUUCAAACAAAUGUAUGUUUUUGUCUACACAUUGUGACAUUUUGAUUCUGCUCAGACAGCUAUUGAGUUGUUUUUUUUACUAAGAACAGACUUUCAUUAUGUGUUCUAAAGAAUAAGUAAAAAUCAGGUUUUCAUGGGCAUCAUUGUUAUUAAUAAAUGCAUUUUUUACACAUUAA